CCGCGGCGAGCGGGCGGGGCGCGGGUGGCGCUGUGUGCAGCGGCGCGCAGGGAGGCGGUGAGCGUGUGCAGAACUGUCCAAACCCAAGACUCUGUGUGCAUGUGUCUGUGUACGCGCGCGCGUGUGAGUGUGUGAGUGUGUUUACGCGUGUGUUUCCUUCUUCCCUUUAGGAUGUGAAUGGCUUCGCAGCUGGAGGCUCCCUUAGGAUUCUUGACUUUGGGGAGCUGUGGGUUGUGAGCACAACCCACCCAUGCAAUCCAUUUUGCAUGGUCGGUUAUAUCAGGAAAAAGCGCAACUGGACGGGGGUGGGGCAGACCAAGGAAACCUCUGGAAACACACACAUACGCACGCUUAUACGAAAGAGGAAGAACCGAGAGACCUGAGGAGACUUUCAUAACCUCAAUGUUGGCCCUUCCAUUUUCCGGAAAGAUCCUGGGUAUUUUCUACGAUUUCAAGUCGUCUUGUCAUCUCGCUAGUGUUUUGUAAGCCGCUUUCCAGCUAGCUGCGUGUGUCUGUGUGUGUUUGUGUGUGCGCGCGUGUGUGUGUGCGCGCGCGCCAAUCUAAUGCAUUUGACUGUCUUUUAUCCAACUGCCCAGAAGCAAAUGUGUUAACUCGGCGAUGCCUCUCCAUGCACGGGCUCUCGAAGAGAGCGGAGGACGCCCAGACCCAUUUUUCUGGCCGGAUUCGGAACCGCUGUUGGGCUGUGGACUCAGGUGUGUGGAUCGCCUUACCCAGAGGCUUGGAAAGCGCUAGUGUUAACCUGCUUGCAGGUACAUCGCAAGGUCAAGAGACAGUCUUGCAGCCUUCUGGUUUCCGUGCAUCUAGACUUUGCUGCCUUGGCCGGAAGGAUAUUUACGUGUUGGUCCACAGCAUUUGAAGCCAAAAGUUCAGCCCUUCCAGGUGGUUCGCUGUACAAGCAAGAGUCCCCGUAACCAUUCAGCCAGGUGUUGAGAAGACAUGUAGUAACCGGUCACCCUUCCUUCUGCCACCAUCCUCAGAAUCAGCUUUGGAGAUGCUUUCACCCUGUCCGUUUUCUGCAGCAGCCAGGCAGAGUACUGACUCCUUCACGACAGUGAGGAACUCUUCAGGCUCCAGAAGCUCUUAAAUCUGAUCUACAAUGGAAAAAAUUCUUUUAUAUCUGUUUUUCAUUGGCAUAGCAGUGAGAGCUCAGAUCUGUCCAAAGCGUUGUGUCUGUCAGAUUUUGUCUCCUAAUCUUGCAACCCUUUGUGCCAAGAAAGGGCUUUUAUUUGUUCCACCAAACAUUGACAGAAGAACUGUGGAACUGCGGUUGGCAGACAAUUUUGUUACAAAUAUUAAAAGGAAAGAUUUUGCCAAUAUGACCAGCUUGGUGGACCUGACUCUAUCCAGGAAUACAAUAAGUUUUAUUACACCUCAUGCUUUUGCUGACCUACGAAAUUUGAGGGCUUUACAUUUGAAUAGCAACAGAUUGACUAAGAUAACAAACGACAUGUUCAGUGGGCUUUCCAACCUCCAUCAUUUGAUACUGAACAACAAUCAGCUGACUUUAAUUUCCUCUACAGCAUUUGACGAUGUAUUUGCCCUUGAGGAGCUCGAUCUGUCCUAUAAUAAUCUAGAAACCAUUCCUUGGGAUGCUGUUGAGAAGAUGGUUAGCUUGCAUACCCUUAGUUUGGAUCACAACAUGAUUGAUAACAUUCCUAAGGGGACUUUCUCCCACUUACAUAAGAUGACUCGGCUAGAUGUAACAUCAAAUAAAUUGCAGAAGCUACCACCUGACCCUCUCUUUCAGCGAGCUCAGGUACUAGCAACCUCAGGAAUCAUAAGUCCAUCGACUUUCGCAUUAAGUUUUGGUGGAAACCCCUUGCAUUGCAACUGCGAAUUGUUGUGGUUAAGGCGUCUGAGCAGAGAAGAUGACCUAGAAACCUGUGCUUCUCCUGCACUUUUAACUGGCCGCUACUUCUGGUCCAUUCCUGAGGAGGAGUUUCUGUGUGAACCUCCUCUCAUUACUCGUCAUACACAUGAGAUGAGAGUCCUGGAGGGUCAGAGAGCAACGCUGCGGUGCAAAGCCCGGGGAGACCCUGAACCUGCCAUUCACUGGAUCUCUCCUGAAGGAAAACUUAUUUCAAAUGCAACAAGAUCUCUGGUGUAUGAUAAUGGAACCCUUGACAUCCUUAUAACGACUGUGAAAGAUACAGGUGCUUUUACCUGCAUUGCUUCCAAUCCUGCGGGGGAAGCAACACAAACAGUUGAACUUCAUAUAAUUAAGCUCCCUCACUUACUAAACAGUACAAACCACAUCCAUGAGCCUGAUCCUGGUUCUUCAGACAUCUCAACUUCUACUAAGUCAGGUUCGAAUGCAAGCAGUAGUAACGGAGAUACUAAAAUGAGUCAAGAUAAAAUUGUUGUGGCAGAAGCAACAUCAUCAACGGCACUACUUAAAUUUAAUUUUCAAAGAAAUAUCCCUGGGAUACGUAUGUUUCAAAUCCAGUACAAUGGUACUUACGAUGACACCCUUGUUUACAGAAUGAUACCUCCCACGAGCAAAACUUUUCUGGUCAAUAAUCUGGCUGCUGGAACUAUGUAUGACUUGUGUGUCUUGGCAAUAUAUGACGAUGGCAUCACUUCCCUCACUGCCACAAGAGUCGUGGGUUGCAUCCAGUUUACUACGGAACAGGAUUAUGUGCGUUGCCAUUUCAUGCAGUCCCAGUUUUUGGGAGGCACCAUGAUUAUUAUUAUUGGUGGAAUAAUUGUAGCAUCUGUGUUGGUUUUCAUCAUUAUUCUCAUGAUCCGGUAUAAGGUUUGUAACAAUAACGGGCAACACAAGGUCACCAAGGUUAGCAAUGUUUAUUCUCAAACUAACGGGGCUCAAAUCCAAGGCUGCAGUGUAACACUGCCCCAGUCCGUGUCCAAACAGGCUGUGGGGCCUGAAGAGAACACCCAGUGUUGUAAAGUGGCCAAUGACAAUGUGAUUCAAUCUUCUGAAACUUGUUCGAGUCAGGACUCCUCUACCACUACCUCUGCUUUGCCUCCUACCUGGACUUCAAGCACUUCUAUGUCCCAAAAGCAGAAAAGAAAGACUGGCACAAAGCCAAGUACCGAACCACAGAGUGAAGCUGUUACAAAUGUCGAAUCGCAAAACACUAACAGGAACAACUCAACUGCAUUGCAGUUAGCUAGCCGACCGCCUGAUUCUGUCACAGAGGGACCCACAUCUAAAAGAGCACACACAAAGCCAAAUGCUUUGAUGACUAAUGUUGACCAGAUUGUCCAGGAAGCACAGAGGCUGGAGUUAAUCUGAAGAGCACCACUUCUCUCUCUCCUGAAAAAAGUUGCCACUGAUAUUUUUACUGGAUAAAAUUUAAAAAAAACGUUUCAAUUCACAAAGGCUUAUUGUUGAACUGGUGUCCUAGAAGAAACUGUCCAGAGGAGCCAAGAUGGAAGUCUCUGACGCUGGCGGAACUGGCUCCAUCAACUCAUGGUUCAUCCCCUUUUAAGACCAAUUUUUUUUUUCUUCUGGUCUACAAGUAUUUUUUUUUUUUCUUUUUAAUGAAAGAAAGAAAAAGCCUACAUUGGCAUCAAAUUCUGUAUCAAUCCAUCUUACAUUGCCAUCCAUGAUU